AGCAUGAAGUUGGAACUUGCUUUCUUCAUUAUAAAGAGAAAUUUCGUAUCUAUGAUGAAUACUGCAGUAACCACGAGAAGGCACAGAAAGUUCUGCUUGACCUUAACAAAAUAAGAACAGUGCGGACAUUUCUUCUGAAUUGCAUGCUCCUGGAGGACGUAAGAACACAGAUGUGCCAUUGGAGGGGUAUCUAGUACGCCAAUACAAAGAAUAUGCAAGUAUCCUCUUCUUUUGAAGGAGUUACUGAAGCGGACUCCAAGGAAGCACAGUGACUACGCAGCACUAAUGGAAGCCCUCCAGGCCAUGAAAGCUGUCUGUUCCAACAUAAAUGAGGCCAAGAGACAAAUGGAAAAAUUAGAGUUUCUGGAAGAAUGGCAGUCUCAUGUUGAAGGAUGGGAGGGGUCCAACAUCACUGACACAUGCACAGAAAUGCUGCGAAGUGGACUACUACUGAAAAUCUCAGCAGGAAAUAUUCAAGAGCGGAUAUUUUUUCUGUUCGAUAACCUUUUGGUCUACUGCAAAAAAAAGCACAGGCGAUUGAAGAACAGCAAAGCAUCUACUGACGGCCAUCGUUACCUUUUUCGGGGCAGAAUAAACACAGAAGUGAUGGAAGUAGAGAAUGUAGAUGAUGGAACAGCUGACUACCACAGCAGUGGCCACACUGUCAUUAAUGGCUGGAAGAUCCACAACACAGCAAAGAACAAAUGGUUUGUGUGCAUGGCAAAAACACCUGAAGAGAAGCAAGAAUGGCUGGAAGCUAUUUUGAAAGAGCGAGAGAGACGAAAAGGUUUAAAAUUGGGCAUGGAACAAGACACUUGGAUGAUGAUCUCUGAGCAAGGAGAAAGACUAUACAAAAUGAUGUGCAAACAAGGGAAUCUCAUCAAAGACAGGAAGAGGAAAUUAACCACUUUUCCCAAGUGCUUUCUUGGAAGUGAAUUUGUGUCCUGGUUAUUGGAAAUUGGAGAGAUACACAAAUCCGAAGAAGGCGUUCAUCUUGGCCAAGCUUUAUUAGAGAACGGCAUUAUCCAUCAUGUUACAGAUAAGCACCAAUUCAAACCUGAACACAUGCUGUACAGAUUCCGAUACGAUGAUGGAACAUACUAUCCAAGAAACGAGAUGCAGGAAGUGAUUUCUAAGGGUGUACGACUGUACUGUCGCCUUCACAGUCUCUUCACCCCAGUAAUUCGGGAUAAAGAUUAUCACCUGAGAACCUACAAAUCUGUAGUCAUGGCUAACAAACUCAUAGACUGGUUGAUUGCACAGGGGGAUUGCCGGACCAGGGAGGAAGCUAUGAUCUUCGGUGUAGCUCUUUGUGAUAAUGGGUUUAUGCAUCAUGUGUUAGAGAAAAGUGAAUUUAAAGAUGAACCACUGUUGUUUCGUUUUUAUGCGGAUGAAGAAAUGGAAGGGUCAAAUAUGAAGCACAGACUGAUGAAACAUGAUUUGAAAGUAGUGGAAAAUGUCAUAGCUAAGUCAUUAUUGAUCAAAUCUAAUGAAGGCACCUAUGGUUUUGGUUUAGAAGAUAGAAAUAAGGUGCCAGUUAUUAAAGUGGUGGAGAAAGGAUCCAAUGCUGAGAUGGCAGGCUUGGAGGUUGGAAAAAAAAUCUUCGCCAUUAACGGUGACCUGGUUUUUCUGCGACCCUUUAGUGAAGUGGAUUGCUUCCUGAAAACAUGUUUAAACAGCAGAAAGCCCCUGCGGGUUCUUGUGAGCACUAAACCACGGGAGACAGUGAAGAUUCCUGACUCUGCAGAUGGACUUGGAUUCCAAAUCCGGGGCUUUGGCCCAUCAGUCGUCCAUGCUGUUGGGAGAGGAACAGUGGCAGCUGCAGCAGGUCUCCACCCUGGUCAAUGCAUAAUCAAAGUGAAUGGAAUUAAUGUCAGCAAAGAGACUCAUGCAAGUGUUAUUGCUCAUGUCACGGCAUGCAGGAAGUAUAGGCGUCCAAUGCAGCAAGAUUCUAUACAGUGGAUUUACAACAGCAUUGAAAGCGCACAGGAAGAUCUUCAGAAAACAAAUGCCAAGCCCUCUGGAGAUGAUGGAGGAGAUGCCUUUGACUGCAAAGUGGAAGAGGUGAUUGACAAGUUUAAUACUAUGGCAAUAAUUGAUGGGAAGAAAGAUCAUGUAAGCCUGACUGUUGACAAUGUUCACCUGGAGUACGGAGUGGUUUACGAGUAUGACAGCACAGCUGGAAUAAAGUGCCAUGUGUUAGAAAAAAUGAUUGAACCAAAGGGAUUUUUCAGCUUGACUGCAAAGAUUCUGGAAGCACUGGCAAAAAGUGAUGAGCAUUUUGUGCAGAACUGCAACAGCCUCAAUUCCUUAAAUGAAGUGAUCCCCACUGAGCUUCAAAGUAAAUUCAGUGUCAUUUGCAGUGAGAAAAUUGAGCAUAUCUACCGAAGAAUCUCUAGUUAUAAAAAGUUUUCAAGAGUAUUAAAAAACAGAGCUUGGCCCACCUUCAAGCAAGCUAAGUCAAAGAUCUCACCACUUCACAGCAGUGAUUUCUGUCCGACCAAUUGCCAUAUCAAUGUGAUGGAAGUGUCUUACCCUAAAACCUCAACUUCUGUUGGGAGUGCCUUUGGUGUACAGUUAGACAGCAGAAAACAUUCUUCUCAUGAAAAAGAAAAUAAAAACACUGAUCAAGGUAAACUGAAUCCCAUGGUUUAUGUUCAGCACACCAUUACUACUAUGGCUGCCCCUUCAGGACAGUCUCUUGGCCAGCAAGAGGGCCAUGGUCUGAGGUACCUCUUAAAAGAAGAAGAUUUAGAAACACAAGAUGUCUAUCAGAAAUUGCUGUUCAAAUUACAGACUGCACUGAAAGAGGUGGAAACAUGUGUCUGUCAGAUAGAUGACCUUCUUUCUUCAAUAACAUAUUCUCCCAAAUCAGAACGUAAAACGCCUGAGCCUUUAAUACCAGCAGACAGUGAUAAUGAAAAGGGAGAAAGGAAUGGGAAGAAAGUCUGUUUCAGUGUGACAGGUGAUGAACAAGAAGAUUCUGGUCAUGAUACCAUCAGCAACAGGGAUUCUUACAGUGAUUGCAACAGCAACAGGAACUCCAUUGCUUCCUUCACCAGCAUUUGUAGCAGUCAAUGCAGUUCUUACUUUCACAGUGAUGAAAUGGAUUCAGGUGAUGAGCUUCCCAUAAGUGUUCGAAUCUCUCAUGAUAAACAAGACAAGCUCCAUAGCUGUUUGGAGAAUCUUUUUGGUCAAGUCGAUUCAAUUGUCAAUCUUCUGAAAGGACCAGCUGUGGUGAGGGCCUUUGAACAGACAAAGUACUUUACACCAGGCCGAGGCCUACAAGAGUUUCAGCAGGAAAUGGAACCGAAGCUUAGCUGUCCAAAGAGGCUACGACUCCACAUCAAACAAGACCCUUGGAACCUUCCCAGCAGUGUCCGCAGUCUUGCCCAGAAUAUCAGAAAAUUUGUUGAAGAGGUGAAGGCACGGAUACUCUUAGCACUUCUUGAAUAUACAGAUAGCGAGAUACAACUGAGGCGAGACAUGGUCUUCUGUCAAAGUCUAGUGGCCACAGUCUGUGCUUUUUCAGAGCAGCUAAUGGUGGCCUUAAAUCAGAUGUUUGACAACAACAAAGAAUAUGAAAUGGAGACGAUGGAAGCCAGCAGAAGGUGGUUGGAACAGAUAGCUAGUGCAGGUGUUCUCCUUCAUUUCCAGUCACUGCUGUCACCUAACCUGGCUGAUGAGCAAGCCAUGCUAGAAGAUACACUGGUUGCACUGUUUGACUUGGAAAAAGUUACUUUUUACUUCAGACAAUCAGAGCCAGAACCACUAGUUGCAAAUGUUCCAAUCACAUACCAAGCAGAAGGAAGCCGGCAAACUCUGAAGGUUUAUUUCUACCUUGAUAGUUACCAUUUUGAACAGCUUCCUCAAAGACUGAAGAAUGGAGGGGGGUUUAAAAUCCACCCAGUACUUUUUUCACAAGCAUUGGAAAGCAUGGAAGGAUAUUACUACAGAGACAGUGUUUCAGUAGAAGAAUUUCAAGCUCAGAUAAAUGCAGCAUCACUAGAAAAAGUAAAGCAGUAUAACCAGAAACUACGAGCAUUCUACCUGGACAAGUCAAACCUGCCCGCAAAUUCAACAUCUAAAGCAGCUUACAUAGAUAAGCUGAUGAGGCCUCUCAAUUGCUUGGAUGAACUUUACCGACUCAUAGGGUCAUUUAUCCGAUCCAAGCGCACCGCUGCCUGUGCAUACACUGCUUGCAGUGCUUCUGGAGUUGGAUUGCUAUCAGUUUCUUCUGAACUCUGCAACAGGCUUGGAGCUUGUCACGUCAUUAUGUGCAACAGCGGAGUUCACCGCUGCACCCUGAGUGUUACCCUGGAGCAGGCGAUCAUUCUGGCCCGGAGCCAUGGGCUCCCACCUCGCUAUAUCAUGCAAGCUACAGACGUCAUGCGUAAACAGGGUGCAAGAGUACAAAACACAGCCAAGAAUUUAGGAGUGAGGGAUCGAACGCCACAAUCUGUUCCAAGAUUAUACAAGCUCUGCCAACCACCGCCACCAGUUGGAGAAGAAUGAGGAAAACAAUCAAAUAAUGGCUUUUAGAACACUGGGACUGUGUGACAAAGUCUAACUGCACUAUAGCAGUAUGUGCCUGGGCCUUUGAUAAAUGGAAAAAAAAAUAAAAAAUAUAUAUAUAUAUAAAAAGAACUUUACUCAGGAUAAAAAAAAAAAGAAAUACCCUAUAUAUAUUCUCUAUUGGCAUUGCAAAACGACUUCCGAAAAGCAUUUCUGGAAUCUGUGCACUCCAGCCUUAUGCUAGUAGAACAGGAGUCUUCCUUGGGAAUUUUACACUGGAAUCAGGUUCAUUUUGAUGUGUUUUUUUCAGCCACACAAUAGGCAUACAUAGCCAGCAGCUUCAAAACGAAUGUCUUGUUCAGAGAGAAUGGCUUCAGUUGUACGCUACACAGGAUAUGUUCUUGUGGAAGGAAUAAAAGCCUGGAUAAACUAGGCUUGAUAAUGAGCAUGCACUUCAUAUGGGGCUCUUUGCACUGAUAACUUUUUUUUCCUGUCAACAUCAUAACUUCUGAGAACAAUGACAUUAAUGUUUCAAGGAUAUAAUGUAAGUGAGGUUGAAGGAUUAAAACUCAUCUCUGAACUGUGCCUAAUGGCUACAGACUGACUGCAUCUAUGAACGUUUGCUUGUAAUCACAGUAAACUCAGCCACGUCUUAAGUAGCCCAUUGUCAUAUUAUUUUGGAGGGAGUACAUGUAUGGCAUAUGAGGUGACGUUUUACCCUUUUUCAGUUGCCAUUAUAAUUACAUUGAAUUUCAGACUGUCUAGUGGAUGUUUCACAUUAUCGUGCCUCUGCAUUUCAGAGUUUUUCAUAGCUUUGUAUGUUCUUGUACAGUAUUAUACUAGCUAGUGUGAGGAUGAGACAGUAUCGUAAUGUUUAACUGGAAACGUCCGUAUUUUAAGUUGAAACAUGGUUUGGGGUUUUGAUGUCUUAGUCCACCAUUUCCCUUCUUUUGGUCAUAUUGUUUUGUAUAGCAUUUCAGUUCUUUCUUGUGGAGUGGCCAUAAUUGUUACAGAUUUAUUUCUCAAAAUUGUACUGAGUGUUUAGAAGGCCCAUAAAAAUAUAUAUCUGCAUUUGGCUGUUUUUCAGCCCAAGUAUUUUCAGAGGAAAUGCCCCUAAAUGAGGUUUCAUGUGUAAACAUAUUAAAGCAAAAACUAUAAUCUGAAAUAAUUUUACUUGUAGCAGUAGGUAGCUACACAUUCCAUUAGAGCAGGGGAUAUACUGCCUGAAUAAAAUUUAUUUUUUGUAAAACAGCCAUCUAUAGUUAUGCUAUAGCAAUCACUUCACAGCCAAAUUUUUGCAUAUUAUCUAAUUAUUUAUGAAGUCUUCAAAAAAUAUAUUAAUCCACAAUGAAGUGAUGAUUCAGAAGAAGAUAUACUCUUGCAAAGAGUGUUCUUUACAUAGGAAAUCUAGGGGACUUGCAACUUUUCUCCAAAGGAGGAAUUAGGGCUCCUACCUUUUUCAGUAUUCCUAAUGUUUUUACACAGACUUUAACUUUGCUAAGAAAAUAAGUAUUUUUAUAUAUCCACAGAAAUAUGUGUCUGCACAUAUAUUUUAGUUUCGAGAUGUGUAUAUGUAGUCAUAUCAAUUACCAGUCCAACUGUAAAUAUGGAAUGUUUUCCUUAAACUGUGACAAAAACAUGCAAUAAUGAACACUUCAGUUUCUCCCUCGGGCUUUGAAGUUUACACUCCUUACUAUUUGUUGGAAGCAGUGGGACUUUAAUCUUUUUGUGUAGAAAGAAAAAAAAAUAUAACUUAACCUUUCUGUCUAGGAUGACCUAAUGCAUGAGAAUGAGUCAUGAUUUAUAGAAUUGCUAUUCCAGUCAGAAUCUCAUAGUUUUCAAUGUGUUUUAUUCAGAGAGACAGUAUUGGCUAGAGUAACUCCCGCUCCAGGCAGAAGUGCCAAAAAUGUUUCAGUUUCUGCUUGUUCAGACAUCAGAAGUACACAGAAACCAUAACCUGCUGAUGCCUAGGAUGGUGCUGCAGACCCCGUGCGAUGGUGGUGUGGUCUGAACUGUGGUGUCAUUCACUGCUGUGAGCUCAGAUCUUGAUGUGAGAUUUGCCCGUAUAAAUAUUUAAUAUUAUUUUAUUUCUUUACUAUGAGGCAAGUCAGCUCUUUGCUGAAUAGAGCUACUAAUCCUGUAUAAUAAGACAAAUUACACAACCUAGAGGACAAAAGCUGCUGCAUGCACACGUUAUUGUAAUAGGCCAUAUCACUUUUUUUUAUCGCAUUGACAAUUGUACAAAUGCAAACAUGCCAAAACAAUCUCCUGUAUAAUAUGGCAAUUGUCACUUUGUUUUGCUCUUGAAAGCUGGAGGUAAUUGACAUUGGCAACUACUGAGGGACAAAUCGUUAUGAGCCAGUCCCUGGACCAGAUUCUUCACCCACUGAUUCAUGAGUGUGCAUCAGACAGAAAUCUUGGCCUCUAAUAACAUUGGAUGGACAUAUAAGAAGCUCAUUCAUAAAUUGUAGAUGUACAUACGUUCAUGACUACUGCUAUUUCUCCUGUUUGGUAACAAGGUGGUAAUAAGGUGUAUAUAUUCCUUAUGCAACGUGCAGAAUUAAAAACAAAAAACAAAAAAAC